AAAAAAGAAUUUCUGCAUUUUAGAUAAAGAAUAAAGAUUCUCAUAAAUAUGGAAACUACAAAUAUGAAAAGAAGAUCUAUGCCUGAUAAUGAAGUAAAAAUUCUGGAACCGAUAUUAGUAACAUUAAAUAGAAAUGAUUCUGCAGCACGUGAUAUUCAUAUUGAUAAGCCUGAGUUCAAAAUAGGAAGAGCAAGAGAUAAUGAUGAGAUUAUAUUAGACUUAUUGAUAUCUAGAAAACAUUGUGUUAUAAGAUAUCAAGGGAAUGGUGAAUGGACUAUCAAGGAUUUAAGUUCUAGUUAUACCUUUGUUAAUGAUGUUGUUCUUGAAUUAGGAAGUACAAGAAAAAUUUUUGUUGGAGAUAUUAUUCAGUUUAGUACAAAUAGCGAUUAUAAGUAUGUCUUUACUCUUAACCUUACGGAAGAAACUAAUUGUAAGAGGCAGCGGAUAGACAAACAGUUAUUUUACGAAGUCUUCCCAGAGCAAAAGACAUCCGUUGAAACACAAAAAAGUCAGAGAAAAGAAUUAAAAGAUAAGUUAGAAAAUAAGCAAAAGGAACAAUUAGAAUUAAAAGAAGAAUUGAAUGUUUUGUUAAAACAAUGGGAUAUGGUACAUAAUGAUAAGGAAGGUUUAAAGAAUCGAAUUGAAAAAUUAAAAGACAAAAUAGCAACUGGUAAUAACCAAGAAACACAUUUACAAAGUAUGUAUUCUGAAUUACUGAAAAAAUUUAAAAAUGAAAGGACUCGAUUUGAAAUUCGUUUAAGCGAAGAGAGAGAAAAAUGGCAAGAGGCGCUUGAUUUAAGUAAGCAAGAAAAAAAAUUGGUGGAAAUUAAAAUGAGAAAACAAAUGGGAAAAUGGAGGGAAGAGCAACAAGCAGGGUGGAAGAGUCUGAUGGAGAAUAUAGUUAUGGAAGAGAAAUAUAUUCAAGCGCAAUUAUUAACUGAAAAAAUUGAACUAGAAGAAAAGCUUAAAGAAACUGAAAAAGCUUUAAAAGAUAAAGAAAUUAAAUCAAAAUCUAUACGAUCAAAAAAUGCACCUGGAUCUAGUAUGCUUCAGGAAGAUAGUUGUAUAGUGCUUGAAGUUCUGGAUACUUCGAAUCUACGUAUUAUAGAUACUAUAGAUCUAACAAAAAAUAAUACAGACGAUGUCAUCGUACCCAUAGGUGCAAUGGAUACAGUUAGUAAUAUAAUGGACGAACAAUUGACAUGUAGCGUAUGCUCUGAAUUAUUUAUAAAAGCAACGACUUUAAAUUGUAUGCAUACAUUUUGUUUUCAUUGCAUCGAUACGUGGAAUAAGAAACGAAAAGAAUGUCCAGUUUGUCGAGCUUCAGUUAAAUCAAUGAACAGAUCUUUAGUUUUAGAUAAUUUUAUAGAGAAGAUGUUAGAUAAAUUAUCUAUGCAUAUGAAGGAUAGAAGAGCGGAAAUCGUGAAAGAACGUGAAGCUUUAGAAAGGAAGGAAAACGUCCAUAAUGAACAGGAAAUAGAAUAAGAAGCAAAACUAUAAAAUAUAUAAAAUAUAUGUGACAUGUUUAUUACAUAAGUAUAAAUAUUUAAUAUAAUUUUCAUCUUGUUUUUAAUAUCUACUUUGAGCAAAAA